AUGACUAAGUUGCCCGAAUCAAUUGACAAAAUUAAGCAUCUACGUUAUUUGAACCUUUCUUCCACUGCAAUUAAAAGGUUGCCUGAUUCCAUAUGUAAGUUGUGCAAUUUGCAAACAUUGAAUUUAUCAGGUUGUAAAGAUCUUUCUGUAUUGCCAAUAGAGAUGCAAAAACUCAUUAAUUUACGUCAUCUUGAUAUUAGCGGAACAGCCAUAGAAGAGAUGCCAAUGCAGCUAGGUAGGCUAAAAUGUCUACAAACAUUAUCUAAAUUUAUCGUUAGCAAACAUAGUGGGGCUUCCAUUGAAGAGUUGGGGAAUUUUGCAAAUCUUCGAGGAAAGCUUUCUAUUUUAGAGCUCCAAAAUGUUGUAUCUCCUACGGAUGCUCUGAAAGCAUGCUUGAAAGAUAGGAAGUACCUUGAGGAGUUGGUGUUGGAAUGGAAUGCAUCUAAUAUUGCAGAAUGUCAAAUCUCUUUACUUGACAAUCUUCGGCCCCAUAGUAACUUGAAACGUCUCACUAUCAACAACUAUGACGGUGAAAGUCUUUCAGAUUGGGUUUGGCAUCAUUCAUUCUCUAAUAUAGAGUCCCUUCGCUUAGAAAAUUGCAAACGUUGUCAUAACUUGCCACCACUUGGAUGGCUACCCUGUUUGAAGGACCUCUCUGUUCUUGGGUUUGAACAAGUUGUUAAAGUGGAUCAUGAGUUUUAUGGCAGCGAUUCUUCAACAGUUAAACCAUUUGGAGCACUUCAAAAUCUAAGGUUCGAGCGAAUGUUAAAUUGGGAGGAAUGGUCUUCUUUUGGUACGGAAAAUGAAGAUGGAGCUUUUCCUCUACUUGAAGAGCUUUAUAUUUAUAAUUGUCCUAAGUUAAAAGGAGGGCUACCCGUCCAUCUUCCUUCUUUAGCGAAAUUUGAGAUUCAUGAAUGUCCUCAGCUGGUAGCUUCACUCCCAAGGGCUCCUGUUGUACGCGAAUUGAAGCUGAGAGAUUGUAACGAGGUUCUGUUAAAGGAAUUGCCAGCUAAAUUGCGAAAGCUCACAAUUGGAGGAUUUGACGCACUAGAGUCCCUUCCCAUGGGAAUGGUGGCCUCCAACAACUGUCUUCAACCGUUAGAAAUCUCAAACUGUAUGAAGUUAGAGCUCCCAACACACUCACACUUUGUAUCCCUUGAAACAUUGCGGUUGGAAGGUUGUGAUUCCCUCAAGUCAUUUUCGUUAGAUUUAUUCCCAAAGCUUUAUGAUAUCAAUAUCUGGAAUUGUAAGAAUAUAGAAUCUUUAACGGUUUCGGAACAACAUGGACGUGAUUUAGUGACCUUGCGUAAUAUUGAAAUCUGCGAUUGCCCUAAUUUGGUAUCUUUUCCAAAAGGAGGAAUUCGUGCCCCCGACCUUUCAUUCUUUUUGGUCUCUCAUUGUGAGAGUCUGAGGUCACUGCCAGAGAAGAUGCAUGUACUCCUUCCUUCUCUUGAAUUUUUUCACAUUAUUUCAUGUCCAAGAAUUGAGUCUUUUCCCGAAGGAGGCUUGCCUUCCAAUGUUAAAUAUUUGAAUGUCAAGAUAUGUGACAAACUCUUUGCCAAACGGGCAGGAUGGGGUUUGGAAAAACUCUUUUUUUUUUGUAGUCAAUUGUACAAAUGAAGACGUGGAGUCCUUUCCAGAGCCAGGGUUGCUGCCUUCUUGUCUGACUCACCUUCAUAUCUCUGGAUUUCCAAAUAUGAAAUCUUUGGACAAGAAAGGGCUUCAAGACCUCACCUCUCUUGAAGAAUUUUCGGUCAGGAACUGCCCUAAGCUCGAGUACAUUCCAAAAGAGGGGUUGCCUACCUCCCUUUCUACAAUAAGGAUCACCGACUGCCCUUUGUUGAGAAAACGGUGGCAAAGCAAGAAAGAAAAAGAGCGGCGAAACAUUCCGAACGUCGAUCACAUAUUGAUUGAUUAUGAAGAAUUUAUUGAAUGAGCCAAAAGCCUCGGAAUAAUACCUGCACAUCAUCUCGAAGGCGGCAACAACAUAUUCACUUAGGUUCACCUUCCAUUGUUAUAUAUGCUUAGAGUUGAAAAUUUUUCGCUAUUGCCCGCCCCAGUGGGAUUUUCUUCUUAAGAAGAAGGGUUGUGUGCUUCCCUUUCUUCUAUAUGGAUCAACAAAUGCCCUAAGUUGAAGAAAGGAAACGAACGGCAAAGAGCUUGGGUUACAAUUACGAGAAGCAAAUAGAAUAUGUGAUCCUGCGAGGCAUGAACUCUUGAAGGUACAAUAUGGAUGUAAUACCAUCGAAGCAAAAUAUUGAUGCUCUAAAAGUUGGUGUUUUCUGGCAACAGAAUAUAGAAGAUUAAAGAGCAUAGAUUAAGAGUACAAGACGCAGAGACGGACAUAUAGAAUAUGCUGUAUUUGCUCCUUGAAUGCCAGAAGAGUGCUUAACUACUUGGAAGUUCUUCCAUUACUUCACCGUUCUCCGUUCUUAAAAUCUCUAAUUUUCCAAACAUGAAAUCUUUGGACAAGAAGGGGCUUCAACCACUGACAUCUCUGGAAGAAUAACGGAUCUAUAACUGCCUGUCCUCUAGUACAUACCAGAAGAGGGGCUGCUUGCCUCUGUUUCUAUUCUAUUGAUCAGCAAAUGUCCUUUGUAAAAGAAACAGUGCCAUGGAAAAAAAGGAAGAGAAUGGUGCAAGACUGCUCAUGUCCAUCUAAUAAUGAUUAAUGACGAUCGAAUUGAUUGAAUAUUUGAAUGAGCUCAAAUUAUAGUAGGAAUCCCCACUAAGACAUUUCAGUUACUGAACUUGUUCUGUGGCGACCUGUUGAACUUGUUCGGUGGUGCUAAAUCAAGAUCAAGAGAAAUUUUGGAACUUCAGAUUUGCUGAAGUGUCGGCUUUGAAUUACCAAUCACUACCUUUUCUUCUGAUAGCUGCUAUGUGGGAAAAGGGUGCCUACUAUCCAGCUUGCACUGCGCCAACUGUUGCAAGUUUUGAUGCAAAACUGUUAACAGAUUAUCUGUUCGUUAAACAAUGCAGAAAUGGAAAUCUUAUAUCGAUUGUCAUCUAGGGACCCUUUGAAGCUCUCUAAGAGGUGGAAGCUUACCAUAUAUUAGAAUCAUCCUUAUUUCUUACACAUUCACCAUCUAUUCUCGGCCUUGUUGACAUGGUAUGAAUUUCACCCUCAUUCGAGUGGGUGGGAGACCAACCUUCAUUUGUUUUCAGUAAAAGAAGAGUUUGUAUUUCUGUCUUUUAGAGAAUAAUCUCUAUUGUGUGAUAGUGAGAUUUUGGUGUAUUGGGGCUUUGGGUUCUGAGUGAUUUUCUCUUUAUUAUUUUGUACUUCGUCUUUUAAUAGUGAAUUUUCUUUGGGUCGUUUCCACCAGUGGAUGUAGGCUUGUUAAGCCGAACCACUUAAAUCUUGGUGUCUUCUGUGAUUGAUUUUUUGGUAUCUUUUAAUUUCUCGCAAUCCACCCAACAAUCAUUCACACAAUCUUUUCUUCUACCUCAAAAUCCCUACUUAAUUUAUCUUACGAUUUCCUCAAAGUUGACCACUAUCCAAAGAGU